AUGCCGUCCUCAAAGAAACUAGCGCAUUUCUUGUCAAGUGCUGCUUUAUGUGCAGCUGGAGUGGCUGUAUUGGGUUUCGGGAUGUCGACGAACUGGGCCCAAGCUGCCAUGGAAUGCGCUCCGAUCGACAGUGAAGAGUUCAGUGGAUCCUCCAGUCUCCAAAUUGGGCUUUUCAAUGGCACAGAGACCAAAAUCGCCUGCCCCAGGAUUGACAAACUUGGAGUUAACGUGCCUGUGUUCGAACGGCUAGCGAAAUUAGCAGGGGCUCCCAUCAUCCUGCACGCUCUGGUUGUCAUCCUGUUGGCGCUGGCUCUUUUGGGGUCUGCAGGCAGUAUUCUGGUCACACUGUACAACAGCUUCAGUAACCCAUAUCAGACCUACAUGGGACCAAUAGGACUGUACACAUGCAGUGGACUCAGUGUAUGUGUGGCCAGCCUGGCGCUGAUUCUGUACGUGUCAAACGCCUACGUGGGCAAGAUGUUCCAGACGCUGGUGAAAGCAGAUGAAGCCAACGUGAAGCUGAAGGAUCCAAAAAUUACCCUACAGGUGGGGUUCUUCCUCCUGAUACCGUACAUCGGCGUCAACUUGCUGGCCAUCCUCGUGGUCUAUCUGUACGUCCACGCUGCGUACACACGCCGCAAAGAGCAGGAGAAACCAACGGAGGAUGCGCCCAAAGAGAUCAUGAUGUACUAAA